AUGACCGCAUCUCCCUCCCUGAAGGUCAGAGACGUCCUCUCAGUUCUCCGCUUGGCCUUCAGAGAGGAGCGUUCCAUCCUGUUUAUAGGGUCCCAGGAGAUCUGGUCUGGACCGGUGUUCCAGAGGAGGAGCGACGGCGCCGUAGAUUUCUUCAGGGGCUGGAAGGACUACGUCAAGGGCUUUGGAGAGCUGGGGGGCGAGUUCUGGAUGGGUCUGGACAACCUCCACCUGCUGACCUCGGGGGCCGAUAUGAGCCUCAGGGUGGACCUCCGUGACGGGGAGGAGGCGGCCUACGCCCGCUACUCCACCUUCCGGGUCGCCAAGAGGAACUACCGGCUCAGCGUGGCGGGAUACAGCGGCACCGCCGGUGACUCCAUGUCCUAUCACAGUGGCCGGCCGUUCUCCACGCGGGACCGGGACCCCGACCGCUCCAUCACGCGCUGCGCCGUGUCGUACCGCGGCGGCUGGUGGUACUGGAACUGCCACAAGGCCAACCUCAACGGCCUGUACGGCAGCGGAGAGCGGCACCAGGGGGUGAUCUGGACCACUUGGAAGGGGAAGGAUUUCUCGGUACCGUUCACAGAGAUGAAGAUGAGACCCUCAGCCUUCAUCCCCCCCGCCCGCUGAGAGAGACACACGCACAAACACACACUCACACAAACACACACACACUAUUAAACACACACAUGCACACAAACUGAAACCCAACUUGCGCUUUGAUACGACGAUCACAACCAGAGACUAUCUACUCCAGAUAAACAUUUAUCCAACAUUACAAAAUACAUUACAUGACAGCACAAUCAUUAAAUUACAAUACAUUACAUUACAGUACAUUACAGUAUAUUAGCAUUCAAAUACAAUACAUUACGCUACAUUACAAUAAAAUACAUUAUGUUACAUUACGUUACAGUACCUUAUGUUACAUUACGUUACAGUACAGUACAUUACAAUAGAAUGCAUUACAUUACGUUACGGUACGUUACGUUACGUUACAUUACAUCACCUUACAUUACGUUACAUUACUUUACGUUACAUUACUUUACGUUACGUUACCUUACGUUCCAGUACAGGGCGAGCGUCUGAGUGUAAUAUAUGAAGGUAUUAUUGUAGCAAAAGUCUUAAGCAUCUGUAACUGCAGAUUUUGAAUGCGUACACUAAAGUCACAGUCAAUUUGAAGUCGUAAAUAUUUAUUUUGCAUGUGUACUCUACAGUUGGUGCAAAACACAUUCGCACACCCGUGUUUCAUAAUCUGAGAAAAUGCCCAAAAUGUGUGAAUUUGUAAACCCAAAUGUGAACUAAUACAUCAGAAGUUGCAAAUCUGUGAAAUAUUUCCUCACAGAUGAAAUUAUAUAGAUCGCUAUGUUCAAUGAGCAUUUUAAUGAGCGAGCACGAGUCCAUCGAUACAACUGCUUGAAUUUGCUGCUACGAGUCUCAGCUGUUAUUUUUCUUGCGAUCAUUUUGCAACACGUCUAUGUGGUACAAGUGACAAGCAAAACUACCUGCAAAAAAACCCACAGCUGUGACUUGCAGGAGCAGAUUCGAGCAGUUGUA